AUGAACCCAGUUGAAUCUGGGUUCUCGUGCAUCGACCGCCCGAUCGCAGCAGCUUUCGCAGUGGGCGCGCAGCACGCAGACGCAUUGAUUCCGAUCACCGGGCGCACCGACACCCCGCACCACAGGUAUCCGACGAGCCAAUGGGAGGCCGCGGACGCCGCAGCAUUUAUUGCCUGGUGGGGAAAUCUCCUCGGACCAGGUCUAUGGAGGUAUAAAACCCUGCCCCUAGUCGUCCCCAGCAAUCACACGGCUGGCAAGCUACGCACACACGGUCCCAAACACCCUUCGCGUGCGAUUCGUUUCUUCGUCUUCGUUUCUGCGUUUCUGCUCUAA